AUUGCCAUCGCCAACGUCUACUUCGCGCCAACCGGAAUUUUUCGUGCGUCUCCCGGGUACUAUCCAAUCUGGCUUCGUUACCGUUUCGAUUCAAAGCCGGCGCUGAUAGCAAGAUGCCGACUCCCGUGGCUCAUUCGCAUCGGCCCACCACCAAGGUUAGCCACAAGCCGUUCAAGUCCAAGGCGGCGUCUAAGCAUGAGUUGAGGGACAGGGCCAAGGGCCGUGUUCCCAACGAGAAAGGACAGCGAAAGACCAUCCACCAGCAAGUCAUGUCCAAGUUCGAUCGUCGAAACCAAGCCAAACAGGCCCGCCUCUCCAAGCACAAGGAGCACCUCAAGGGUACUUCCAUCUUUGCCAGCCGAGACGGUGCCCCCAGAAUCGUCGCCGUCCUGCCCCUCUGCGCCGAUGGAGAUGCCAAGGCCGCAAUCCGACAGCUGAACGGCAGCGUCGAUAUUGAGGACGAGGUGGUGGAUGGCAACUUCCGGAUCAACGUCGAGCGAUUCAAGCAGAAGUUGCAGUAUAUCCCCUUGGAGCGCGACUUGACUGCCUGUCUUGACGCUGCUCGAGUCGCCGACUUUGUCAUUGUGAUUCUGUCGCCGACUGUCGAGGUUGAUGAACUCGGCGAGUUGAUUCUGCGCAGCGUUGAGAGUCAGGGUCUGUCAACACUCUUCACCCUUGUUCAAGGUCUGGACAAGAUUGAACCUGCCAAACAUAAGGGAGUUGUUGGCUCACUUAAGUCCUUCAUCACCCACUUCCACCCCGAGCAGGAGAAGAUUUACAGCCUCGAGAACCGACAGGAGUGUUCCAACCUCAUCCGAUCAUUAUGCAGCACAACCCCCAAGGGUGUGAGGUGGAGGGAAGACCGGAGUUGGAUGUUGGCUGAGGAUAUCAAGUUCGCCUAUUCCGACUCCGACCCCACUAUCGUCACGGGUGUCGUCAGGGGCAGGGGCUUGAACGCCGAUCGUCUUAUCCAGGUUGGUGACUGGGGAACUUUCCAGAUCGAAAAGAUUGUGGCCGCCCCUCUACCCAAGCAUGUCAAGAAGAAGGGAGAGGAGAUGACUAUCGAUGCUGAGCAGAGCGAGGAGAUCCUGGAGGCACCCACCGAGGACCAGGAUGACUUGGUUGACCUCGCACCUGAGGAGGUCAUGAUGGAUGGCGAUGCUGAUGAUGUUGCCAUGUCAGCAGCUCCCGAGCCUAAGAAGGGUGUUCUUUUAGACGAACACCACUAUUUCUCAGAUGAGGAAGCAGAGGCACGGAAAAUCAAGAAAAAGGUCCCCAAGGGUACUUCCAACUACCAGUCAGCCUGGUACUUGGAGGAUGUUUCCGAUUCUGAGUCAGACAUGGAGGAUUUCGAGAUGAAGGACGAUCAGGAUGAGGCUCGCCCUGAAGAUGGUCUUGAAGGAUAUGCUCCUGCCCCUGCGACGGAGGGUGCGCCCUCCGAGUAUCCCCAGUCGGAGAUGAUCCAGGAACCUGGUGAGGAGGAGGAUGCUCAGCAACUUGCACAGUACCGAGCCGGAAAGCGAAACGAGGUUGAAGACGACAAGGAGUUCCCUGAUGAGAUUGAACUUCAUCCCGGUGUGCUCGCUCAAGAUCGAUUAGCAAAGUAUCGUGGUCUGAAGAGCUUGCGAAGCAGUCCCUGGCAACAGGAAGAAGACCGCGCGUACGAGCCCGAGGAGUGGAGGCGAUUGCUGCAAAUCCCCGACUACCGGUCAUCGCAAUCGCGAGCGACCCGCGAGGCCUUGGUGGGCGGAGUUGAGCCUGGAACCCGCGUGCACAUCUACAUCAAGGGCAUCUCCCCGGUCCAGGAGAAGACUUACAACAAGAAGGCCCCUCUCACACUAUUCUCUCUCCUGAGACACGAGCACAAGAAGACGGCGGUCAACUAUCUCAUUAACCUGAGCUCAGAUUAUACCAAGUCAAUCAAGGCCAAGGAGGAGAUCAUUGCCCAGUGCGGACCCCGACGCCUGGCUAUCAAGCCCCUGUUCUCGCAGCCGGGCCAGACGCCCAACGACGUCCACAAGUACUGCAGGUACCUGCACCCCGGUCAAUCAGCGAUCGCGACCUUUAUGGGACCCCUCACAUGGGGAUCCGUGCCAGUUCUAUUCUUCAAGAAGAACAGCCCAGAGGAAUCUCAGGGCGACGACGGCCCCAACCUUGGCCUGUCGCUCAUUGGUACUGGCACUGCCGUACCGCCUUCGACUUCGCGUGUCAUUGCCAAGCGAAUCAUCCUCACUGGCCACCCAUACCACAUCCACAAGAAGAUUGUCACCAUUCGGUACAUGUUCUUCAACCGCGAAGACGUGGAGUGGUUCAAGGCGCUGCCCAUGUGGACCAAGCGUGGUCGCAGCGGUUACAUCAAGGAGCCGCUGGGUACCCACGGUUACUUCAAGGCGACCUUCGAUGGGCGUAUCAACCCUCAAGACGCCAUCGGUGUCAGUCUGUACAAGCGGGUGUGGCCCAGGAACGCCAUGGCCGUCGAGGGAAACUUGCUUGAUGUGGAGGCUAGCGAACAGCAGACCGAUGGUGACAUGAUGAUGGAAUGACCGGGCAUAGAUGAUGACACAUAGGUAUACCUUAGAUGCAAAUAAAAG